AUGGUGCUCUUCUUCACCUCCACGGCGGUGGAUCCAGCGCAGCAGCUGUACAUGGGGCGCGACAAGGUGGAGAAUGAGGAGCUGCUGCGCUAUGGCGACGAGCUUGACGUCUGGUUCCACGUCGACAAGCUCUCAUCCGCCCACGUCUAUCUCCGUCUCACACCCUCGCAGACCUGGGAUGCACUGCCCACGACGCUGCUGGACGAUGCCUCGCAGCUCGUCAAGGCAAACAGCAUUGAGGGCAACAAGAAGGACAACAUCACCAUCAUCUACACACCGUGGUCCAACGUCAAGAAGACGGGCGACAUGGCCACAGGCUCCGUCUCUUUCCACAACGAGCGCGUGGUGAAGCGACACUACGUCGCGGCGCGCGACAACAAGAUUGUCAAUCGGCUCAACAAGACGAAGCGCGAGGAGCAGGUAGACCACGAGGCCCAGCGGGUCGAGCGGGAGAAGGCGCGCGCAAAGGCACGGCGAGAGGUGGCUGUUGCAGAGCGCAACAAGAAGCUCGAGGAGCAACGCACGCGUCAAGCCGACAAGAGUGCGCGUGACUACUCGUCUUUGUAUGGCGAUGAAGCCCUGGCAGCUGCACAGGCCGAGAAGGCACGAGUAGCACGCGCCAAGGCACAGGAGGCGGCCGAGCGAGCAGCAGCAGGAGGCGGCGACGACGAGUCAGACGGCGAGGAGAGCGACGACUCGUUCAUGUGAUAUCAGCGUGUCGAAGACUUCAGGGUGACAGCGGGGCAAUGCAUUUGCGAAGACACAUCUCUACCGGAAGC